ACCACAACAUCCUCUCCUCACUCGCUCGCCCGUCUUCCUCCCACAAUCCUCGCCGUCGCUCGAGUGCUUGAUUCCUUCGCUUCGUACUGUCGUUUAAUAGCAUCCUUCCAUCGUUUGCCUUCUGUAUCUCCAUUGCGCCUGCGAAAGGGGUCAUCACCCCGUCAACCUUCGUCCAUCACCAUCCUUCGAGACGAGCAGCCUCUCGUUACACCCUACCCUCGCUUUUCCUCACUUUUCGUCCCGUCUGCCGUUGACCUCCUGCACCUGCCCACGCGAGCCACGGCUACCCGUGCUGCUGGACCGCCAUCGUGCCUCCACCGACCGCCAACAUGAGUUUCGUCAACGAUUCUCGCAUGUCCAUAUAUUCGACCGUCUCAGCCGCCGGCCCACGUCCUGGCAAUCCCUCCGCCCAGGUGUCGACUACCACCCUUCUCAAUGCUCUCCACACCUCCUUCUCCCAGGGCUCACCCUACCCUCUGGAAGCCAGCACCAGUCUGGUUGUGAACACAUGGGCCAACGCCCGCAGCAUGGUCAAUGGCCGGCUUGGGGGCACCGUUGACAUGGAACUAGGCCGCAAGGCCUGGGAGCACGCUCGCCGUCGUGCUGAAGAUGGUUGCGUGGUUCUUGCUUCUCUGCACGAAUCAUCCCCUUCCCUGUUCUCCCCCUUCAUCUCAGGCCUCCCACUCUCCAUCCCCGCGAGCUUAUACACCGCACUGGAGGUUGUCAAAGCCUUCACACAUUGCGUAACUCCUCAGAAUCCCUCGUACCCCAGAUACUCGGCCCUCUCCGCCGUCUUCACCAUCAACCUCAAGGGUGACUUACUCGGAGCCGAAAUCAAGUUGUCCAACUCCGGAAUAGACACAAAACAGGGCCUUCUGGAUAUUCCUGCCCAAGCAGGAUUUCGGGCUUUUGACGUCUUCUACUACCUCAAUUCGUCAUCCGCCACCAAAACAGAACGAGAGUGGUUGAAUCUGGAGCACCCUUCAGCGUAUGCCCUGCUUAACAGGUCCGGGACAUCUGAUCCCCCGUCUUACCUCCCCGAUGCCGAUGACGGCGCUGCGGCCGAGGACUUCCGCGCCAAUCUCAAAGCCAUCGGUAUCAAGGGCGCAAAAUUGCAGAAUCUCAUCAGUGCCUUGACGGGCCUACUGAAGCUGGGCAACACCAUUGGCUACCUCAUCGAUGACGAUGUGCUUGAGUCCACCUGCAGAGAUUGUGGUAUCCUGCUCGACGUUGAUCCCGAGAUUCUCAGGCUCAAACUCAGUACGCAGGAGCGUGCCAUCGCGAUUGGUGGCAUCUACGAAGCCAUCGUCGACAUGGUCAUAGGCCAGGCGAAUACCGCUAUCCGCGAAGAUAUCUGGGCAACCAGAGCAGGCCAUUCUUCCAGCAAUAGUGACGUAGGGAGGCUGACGCCGCCUUCGGAUGAAGUGGAAGAGGACAUUGUCAACAUCACCGUAGUCGAGAUCCCGAACCGGGCGCUGGGCAAGGCCGUCGCCCUCAAGACUGUCUUCGAUGACCGUGACGGUAUCAACGCCGAGAUGAAAGAAGACGGGGUCCAGUUCGCUCCGGCAGGUGCGUCGGUACUGGAGACUAUGAAGGAAGCGGUGGCGGGUUGUGAGCAUGAGCUUGGUAUAGAGGGGCCCGCUCUUCGUGAGCACGAGGCGGAGCUGGAGAAGCGCGAGGCCGUCUUGGAAAAGCUGGCUCUGGAGAUCCCAGAACAGGAGAACACGCUGAAAGAGAUCCUCAUGCCAGUGGCGGGCGAAGGCAUCGUUCUCGGCAAGCACGGUCGUUUCAAUCUCCCCUUGACCAUCGCCAGUAGCAGGGUCUGGUUCCACCUCUCUCUCCACCCCACAGACGGUUCGCCCGCUACCAUCUCUCAAGACUACGUUAGGUCGUGGAACCCGGCGACCGUUUCUCGACAGCUCAGAGACUUCAGGAUUCCGGAAUGGGCGAACCGCCGAAACCGGAGCUUGGACUUCACUGCUGACUUUGAUCAUGCCGAGUUCUAUGACCGCUAUCAUCUCUUGGGCUGCAUGGAAGGCAAGGAUGGCAUUCACAACUUUAUCCUCGAGCGUGGUUGGAGCAACGGUGAGGUGGUUGUCGGGCACCAGCGCGUCUGGAUGCGCGAAGGCACCUGGUGGGAGGCUGAAUCGCAGCUGGAUCUCAAAGCGCAGGUCGAAUCGCCCACGGUUCCCGGCAACAUGCUUGCUAUGGGUGGCUUCGAGACCAACUACUCAACACAACCCAGUGGCCUCUUCCCGCCACCGCUACCGGCCGCCACUCCGACAGGUAGCGAGACGAACCUGCCCCAACAACACAGUUCGGCCACGCUUGGAAACCAGAGCGUUGCUGGAGCCAGGUCUAUUGCUACUUCUGCGGCACCGAUCUUAAACCAGGGAGACUACGGGUUGGGACGUAAAGGUGACGAGAACAAGGGCAUCACAUACUAUGAUGAAGAAUCUGGCGGAAAUACGCAGAUUACCGAAACGCCAGUACCCCUUGCUAGGCGACUCUGGGUGGCUCUCGUGUACGCCGCCACCUUCUGGGCCCCUUCGCCCUUGAUGAGGCUUUUCAAGAUGAAACGUCCCGACGUCAGGCUUGCAUGGCGUGAGAAGGUCACUCUUUGCUUGUUGAUCCUUCUCCUGAACGCCUGUGUUCUUUUCUACUUCAUCUGGCUCGGCAAGCUCCUCUGCCCGAACAAGAACAACGCGUGGAGUGCAACGCAGGUUUCGAACCAUCAAGGUGACAAAGACUUCUUCGUCAGUCAUCAUGGCGUCGUGUACGACAUCUCCGAUUUCUGGCAACGGCAACACAGCGACACGAAGAUCAAAACCACAAAGGAAAAUAUGCAGCCAUUCGCCGGCGCCAACAUGGACCCUUAUAUUAUGCCUCCUCUCUACAUUGCGUGCCCUGGCCUCGUAUCGGAUACGCGUCUCCAACUUAUACCCAACACCACCGUCCAGGAUACCACUGCCAUGCACAUUUCUGGACCCGCCAACGUGUAUCCGGACAGCGCGCUCGCCAAUGAAAACUGGUAUGACAAGAAGUUUCUGAAGAAGAUGAAAGAGUUCCGCAAGGGAGACUUGGUGUGGGACAAGAAGGUGAUUAUGGACGAGGGCAAAAACUUGCAACACAUGUGGUUCACCAUGGGAGACCGAGUGUACGAUCUGACGGAUUAUUUUCAUACACUCGACGUGAUGGAUGGCCGGGCUCCUUACAACUUCUUUAGCGAGGAUUUUGAAAAAAUGGUCCGAAACUAUGCCGGCGAAGACCUGACGGAAAAGUUCAAUAAUGCACUGGAGAGGAACGCAACCGCGUGGAAGGAUCAUACUCGGUGUUUGAACAACAUGUUUUACAUCGGAAAGACGGACUUCCGCAAGACUCCGCGGUGUACGGUCAACGAUUGGCUGUUGCUAUCCUUCACCAUCAUCAUCUGCGCGGUCAUCGUCAUCAAGUUCGUGUCUGCUCUGCAACUCGGUGGGAAGAAGCGUCCCCUGCCCCAGGACAAGUUUGUCAUCUGCCAGAUACCGGCGUACACGGAAGGUGAAGACCAGCUGCGCAAGGGACUGGAUUCACUGACGGCUCUGGCCUACGACAACAAACGUAAACUUAUCUGCGUCGUCUGCGAUGGCAUGAUCGUCGGUGCUGGUAACGACCGGCCUACCCCUAAAAUUGUACUCGAUAUCCUCGGUGUCGAUCCGAAAUGUGACCCUCCCGCUCUUCCGUUCCGGUCCGUCGGCGAGGGCAGCCAGCAGCUCAAUUAUGGCAAGGUGUACUCUGGCCUAUACGAAUAUGAAGGCAACGUUGUGCCCUAUAUCGUCGUCGUCAAGAUGGGCAAAGAAUCCGAGCAGAGCGGCUCCAAGCCUGGCAAUCGUGGCAAACGAGACUCUCAGAUCUUGCUGAUGAGCUUCCUUAACAGGGUGCACCACCGCGCGCCCAUGAAUCCGCUAGAGCUGGAAAUGUUCCACCAGAUCAACAACAUCAUUGGCGUAGAUCCAGAGCUGUACGAGUAUCUGCUCAUGGUCGACGCCGACACCAUGGUGAUGCCGGAUGCUCUCACUCGCCUCGUUUCUGCUUGCACCAAUGAUACCACCAUUGCUGGCAUCUGCGGCGAGACCAGUCUCGAAAAUGAAGAACGGUCCUGGUGGACUAUGAUUCAGGUCUACGAGUACUAUAUCUCGCACCACCUGUCCAAAUGCUUUGAGAGUUUGUUUGGAAGUGUCACCUGUUUACCUGGAUGUUUUUGCAUGUACCGCCUCCGUACCUCGGAUCGCGGUAAGCCACUCAUUAUUUCGGACAAGAUCAUCAAGGAGUAUGCCGACGGCCACGUCGACACCCUGCACAAGAAGAAUCUGCUCUCCCUGGGCGAGGAUCGUUACCUGACAACCUUGAUGACCAAGCACUUCCCAAACAUGCGGUACAAGUUCAUCCCAUAUGCCCAUGCUUUAACCGCUGCCCCGGAGACGUUCAGCAUCCUACUCUCGCAGAGGCGACGUUGGAUCAACUCGACCAUUCACAAUCUGGCCGAACUCGUCUUCCUUAAAGACUUGUGUGGGUUCUGCUGUUUCAGCAUGCGGUUCGUCGUGUUUAUCGAUCUGUUUGGAACUCUCGUCCUCCCCUCAGUCUGCAUCUACCUUGGGUACCUCAUCUACCUAGUUGCCUCUAAGUCGGGCCAGUUCCCCUUGAUCUCCAUCGCCCUGCUUGCUGGUGUCUAUGGUCUUCAAGCUCUCAUUUUCAUCAUUAAGAGACAGUGGCAACACAUUGGAUGGAUGAUCAUCUAUAUCAUCGCUUUCCCCAUCUACUCGUUUGCACUUCCCCUCUACUCUUUCUGGAAGCAGGACGACUUCUCCUGGGGCAACACUCGCGUGGUCAUCGGUGAAAAGGGAACAAAGAAGGUCGUCACUACUGACAGCGAGGGCUUUGAUCCAAAGAGUAUUCCGCUCCAAAGAUGGAAUGACUAUGCAGCCGCCAAUAAUCUACCGGGAAUACGGGGCGACGUUGAACUGCCCUCUGAAAAGGGCGGCUUCGGCGCGUAUGAAGACGAGGCAUUCGAGAUGCAGUCGGUCUACUCGUCGGUCAAGCCCGCUUCCACAAUCAUGUCCAACAUGCAUCACAUCUCGCACAUGCCGCCCCAGUCUCCGGGCCCGUACCAAGGCAUGCAGGCCAGGCAAUCAACCUACUCCAACUUGUCCCGCUAUCGUGAUAAUCCUCUAGCGGAUGGGCGCCACAUGUCCAUGGGCGGAAUGAGCGACCACUACACUACCUCUCCCUACAGACAGAGCGGCUUCCAGAGUUCGGACAAUCUCAUGGCGUCGACGCCGCCCAUUCGAGGCCGGAGUCCGCUCGGCUUCCCGUCGCGCCCUGCCAGUACAGCGAACCUGCAGAGCCUGGCGAAUGGGCCCAGCAACGCUACCAUCAUCGAGGUCGUGCAGGCAUUGUUGCGUGACGUGGAUCUGGACCGCGUGACGAAGAAGCAGCUCGUUGCGCUCGCGGAAACGCGAUUGCAGACGCAGCUCACGGGCGAGCGGAGGACGUUCCUCAACCAGACGAUUGAUACCGAGUUGGCGAAUAUCUGAAUCUGAUGAGUGAGAUUUGGUUUUGCAUAGCAGCGUUUGGAUAUAGCAUGCAUGGUAUACGCGGGGAGAGAGAUGAUGUUGCAUUUUCGACUCAUUUUGGCUUUUCAUCAGAGGCGCAAAGGGGUACCGUCAUUGGAUCAUCGAACGUCAACACAAUGUAGAAGUCUCGGGUAAGGGAGGCUGAUGGGUUUCCAUUUCCGAUUUUCAUGUUUUUGUAGUAAUGAGUAAUCUGGCUAGCGAUUUUUGCAAGGCUUGCUUGCAUUUGGGUUUGUUCAUGUAUACAGGGAAAAGCCGGGUACUUACUACAAGUAGUUUAUAAUAAUGGCUGUUUGAAAUC